AUGGAAAUAGAAAUCAAUCAGGAUCUCAAAGAUCGUUUAAGGCGUUCCCAGAGGAUACGCACUAGGGAUGAGAGGAGAAAACGUGAAGAAAUGGAACGUAAAGAAAUUGAGGAACAAAAAACACUGAUGCGUGCGCCAAGGCGUCUCACCAAACAGUCCGUUCGCAAAACACCCGUUACCACCACCACCAUGCUGCCCAAGAAGAAAAAGCUUUCAAACUGUAACUUAUCACAACUAAAUACUUCAACCGCUCACCUCUCCAAUCUCCCCCUGGAUAUGCUGCUAUACAUGUUGGAGUUUCUUGGUCCUUCCCUGGCUACCAUGGAGCAAGUGUCGAAAUCAUUUUAUCGUAUCAUUCGCGGUCAUCACAGUCCAUAUAGAUUCCUGUAUUAUAAACUGUUGGCAGCGUACUGUCCGCACGAUGAAGUUUCGAUCUUUGAGAAUGGCAAACAAGAACACGCGAUCCACGCGACAAUUUUACCAAAGAUAUACAAGACUCUUGCUAAGAAGGAAUCAAAGGAGUACAAAGUGUCCGAUUGGAAAUUUGUAGAAUCAUACAAGUACUACGUGACCCAAAAGUGCACGAUCUGUAGUGGACCCGGAGAUCCGAUACCAGUCUGGGAAGUGCGCUUGUGCAGAUUCUGCGUCGUCAGGCAAUUGAUAAAUAAGAGCGCAUUGCCGGCAUUCUCGUUGACUCCAAAGGAGAUCGAAGUGCUCAAGCCGUGGAAGACCUACGUGUACGACCUUGGCAUGCAUUGCACCUUCUACCUUCGUGCCCAUCUUGAUCACCUCCGGCGACAAAAGUAUUCGGAUCCGCAAAUCGCUUUGGAUGAUAACGUGAGCAAACGCCAGUCCGAAAGAUUCGACAAGGAAAAUGCUAAGCGCAAGAGGAAGCAGAAGGAACAAGAGGAAUCGUUCGCGGAGCGAACUUCGGCCAUACUUCGAUGCUUCGAAGAUCUACGGUUAAAACCGGAUUUGUCGGUCAUGGAUGAAUGGUGGUUUCCAAAGGAACUUAAGCUAGAAAUUCACGAGUAUAUCUCCAACAAGACCAACAACAGCUUGGCUCGUAAGCGUCUUCGUAUUUCCGUCGAACAGGACGUCGAUAGUUCAAACAACUCACCGCCGUCGGUCAAAAGUAAGUCCCUACGUAAGAAUCUAGACGAGAUAAUGGUCGAGUUACGUCAUGUGGUGGUCCCGCGGGUCGAGAGAUUGAUGGAAUUGAAUAGCAAGCUGUACAGCGAUGGUAUAGUUAUUGACAAGCUGCGGAUGGAUCUGGAUCUCAAGACGCGAAGGGUCUACGAUGAUUUUGUGUUAGGCGGGCUCCCGUAUGAACAUUCGCUGACGGUCUCGAGGACACGCAGUGAGAUUCUCAAUUAUUUCAAACGUGAGGAAGCCUUUGAAAAUUCCAUUACAAACACUUUCCGCGCGUCCGUCACCCCCGAUGAUUUCUUGUGUGCAUCUCUUGACCUAAAGAGAUUCCUGCAGGACGCUCGGGAGUGGUGGGCUCGCCGCGGAAAGAAACCUCCGCCAGAGAAAUGCGGCGAAUUGUACCUCGCUCGUGUACGUAAACGACAAUUCCGGUUCAGAAAUGAUAUGUCUUCGCUGAAAACUCAGGAAAAUUGGAGGCGAGAAUUGUUGGAACGAAAAUUGCGCGAGAAAAUUGAUUGGUAUUUUACGGACUUACCAAAGUACAUAUCCGAGUUGAAGGAACUUUACGAACAUAAUUUCAUGCUGAGGAUGAAGAGCAAGGAGUAUUGCUGGAUGAAGGGUAUGUCAUCACAACUUGAAAUAAAAGAACCACCGGAAAGGUUGAAGUUGAUGUACGGUGACUACGAGGACUUCAUAAAGAAUUGUAAUGGGUUCUGCUCUACCGAGGAUGGUUACUGUGGCUGCUUGGAAUACGCCGCAAAAGACAUCAUCAGAGCAAAUACGAUGUUGAGGCGUAGGGACUGGAUGGACGCCCAAUUGAGAAAAUUCAGGGAGAUCGAGUAUCGCGGUCCCGACUUGUUGAUGUGUCCCGAGGCAAAGGAAGAAUAUUAUUAUGCCGCCAGAAACGUCUCCGUUCCGAAGAGAGCUGCGGUGAUGUACAUUUGUCGUGCCGAAAGGUUCAUGAGGCGACUUCUUCGAGAGGUUCCAACCUUUUCCGCAGAGUUAAUCACAGCAGAGGCGCGUGAUUGGUACAAGCGUUGCCUUGGUAUUGUCCACAACAAUCCCAUGGAUCGUCCAGAUAUCGAUUACACCAUUCAAAAGAUUCGCGAGUGCGAGAAGAAUCGCAUAAAUCGAUUGACGUUCGCUGAUUGCGCGGCCAAGCAGGCGCGAUUGAGCCCGAGCUUCUGGAACAAGACCAUGGUCAAGAGACCGAUGGAUGGUGUCUCAUUUGCGACCCGAGUCAGGUGGAUAGCCUCAAACGGUUGGUUCUCAUUGAAUCAAUUGGCGCAGGCCUGGAUUUAUGAUGAAGACCAAGCUCCGUUGGGUCAAUUGGAGCCUUACAUCAAGGAAAAGGUGAAGCAGAUGGAGCGGGAAAGGCGUAAAGAGGAUAUCACGUCAAAGAUUAAAGAUGAUCCUGAUUAUCAAAAGAUAUUCAAGGAGAUCGAUGAGGAUGCCGAAUUCUUUUUGCGCGCCACCUACGAGAUUAACACCAUCUACAAGGUGUCCAAUCUUUAUAAGGCCCAUGUUGAAGAUGUCAAGUCAGGAAUCGACCCUGCUAGAGUCGUACGACAGGUCAUUGAUCUCAUUCGGGAUGUCAAAACCGGUGUUAUCAGCAAGAGUAGCCUGUUCGUUUCCGAUCGGGAGAAACUGGCUGAAGAGGAUGACGACAAUGAUGAUGACAACACCGGUGUCAUAAUUAACAAUGGCGUAGCCGGUAAUGCCGGUGUUCACGUAAACAACACUGCCAUUCCUGCUAUUGCGAACACAACGAAUGUUGCUGGUACCGGUGUCGUGAAUACGACCGGUGGUAACACAAAUCUCACAAAUGUGCAGCCACCAAAUUCCUCGGCGUCCACGUCAAUACAAGGUAUUCAAAUAGCGCCAAUAAGGGUGAACAACACGUCUUCCGCUGUUCCUUAG